UUACGGGGGGAAAUGUUAUCUGUUUCGGAUACCUUCACGACCAGCUCUAUGUGUUUUCAUUGAGCAAUAAACAUUUUUGUGUGUUAAACAGUAAGAUUGAGCAAGAAACCUUUUCACCAUGAUGAAUGUGGAAGAUUGGCCAGUUUAUGUUCUUGAAUUAUCCACAAAAAACGCAAAAACGGAAGAUGUAUCAUGGCUCUUGAACUGGAUUCUAGGCGCUUUUUCGGAAUAUGGUUUGCAGAUGAGCAGUUCAACACCGACCUCAGACCAGAACUUGUGUGUGUUUGUCUCCAUCAGCCCUGAAAGGCUAAUCAAUGUGGCCAAAAAGUGUCGAAUUAGGACCAUUGAUGGUAAGCUUCCAUUUGGCAGUUUACUUGGUAGCAACGCCCCAGAUGAGCUGUCACUAGAAAGUGAUGAAAUCACAAUAUUGCAAGAAAAUAAUGAUCAUGAUGGAGGGGAAGAAACAGCAAUUGAUGCAAGAUCCCUCUUCACCCCAGCUGAUAUUCUGUGGAUGAUUCGUCAUGAAAUUGAUAGUGUCAGGUCUGAGACUAAACAGGUUCUUCAGAUCGGGAGUACGAAAAUGACGCUGUUUCAGGGUCAAUCAAUUGUGGAAAAGCUGCUUCACAAGAAACUGAUCAACAGCAUCUAUCCUCUUCAUGAACCAGAAAGUUUAAAGCGGAUAAGUCACGGCUGGCUAAUCAAUAGCCUAAAAUGCAUCGCGAAGCAGUUGCCACUAAACGACGUUCGCCGAUAUUAUGGAGAAGGCGUUGGAUUCUAUUUUGCAUUUUUGGAGAUGCUAACGUGGGCUCUCUUAGCACCGACAUGCAUCGGACUUGUUCAUAGUUACUAUCGAAAUACGGAGUUUGAGAUCCAAAUCCUAUUUUGCGUGCUAUACAUGCUCUGGGCGUUUCUCUUGAUGGAGUUUUGGAAGAGACGUAGUAAUGGACUCUGCUUUCUCUGGAACACCAAGAGUAAAUAUGGAGGCGGACAGGGAGAACCACGAGCAAACUACCGCGGACCGCUAAGAAUAGAUCCCAUAACUGGCCAGCUACAACCGUACUAUCCUCGUUGGAAGACUCUCAUUAAGCUAUACUGUGUCUCCCUGCCUAUUGUACUUCUCUGCACAUUGGUAGCUUUUUGGGUGAUGCUCGAAUCCAUCUGGAAAGAAACAAUGUUAAUGGAGUGGACAUCAACCUGGCCUAGUGAUGAUUUAUUCUGGCGUGGGCUAGCACUUUGCAUUGUUUCGACGCCCACAGUCAUCUAUGCGAUCCUCGUCUGGUUCGCCAAUCAGAUCUAUCGGAAACUGGCCACUAAACUGACAGAAUGGGAGAAUCACCGGACGGAUUCUCAAUUCGAAAGCAAUCGCGUCACUAAGCUGUUGCUUUUCGAAUUUGUCAACAAUUUCAUGUCUCUCUUCUACAUUGCGUUUUACUUACAAGAUAUUCCUAUGCUUCAAUGGCAAGUGGUACUAAUGUUGCUGGUUUUUCAAGUUAUCAAUCAACUCACAGAGACACUUAUUCCAUACCUCAAUCUUUGUUAUGUGUUGAGUAAAAACACGUCUAAUUCAAAAUCGUCGGAAAAAGAUCAUGAAGUCUGCAAGACGCUGGAGCGACUGAACGUGCAAAUACUGGAACCUGGUAAUUCGGUUGUCCAGCAGGCACAGAAAGAGUCUCUUCUCGAACCCUAUGAGGGGACGAUCGAGGAUUACUUGGAGUUGUAUAUUCAGUUUGGUUAUGUGGUACUCUUCGUUGCUGCAUACCCGACAGCGUCACUUUGGGCAUUUCUCAACAACGUAGCUGAACUCCGCGUGGAUGCCUUUAAACUUGUUCACAUUCAUCGACGCCCUACACCAGCACGUGUUGCUCAUAUCGGAGCUUGGGAGCCGGCCUUCCGCAUGAUUUGUUCAAUGGCUGUCGUAACGAAUUGUGGCCUACUAUACGUAAUGUCUUUACCAGAGAUUCCAGCAGUCGAUGGUGGAGCAUUGCCUGAUAGUCCGGCCAAUCCUGUCAACAACUGGACUCGUGCCCUGAUCUGCGUUUCUCUUGAUCACAUCCUCCUGGCUAUCCAAAGUAUUUUGUUCGUGCUGAUACCAGCUGUACCUCGUUGGGUACAUGUGACCGCGGCAACAAGGAAAGCCGCUCAGCACAAAGAGCUAAAAAAAGCACACAAAUGAAUAACUGCACAGUGUUGCAUUUACGCAUCCCCUUUGCAAAGUAUCUCGCUGCCUUUGGAAUCUCAUAGGAAAUCGCCAUUGUUUUUCCUAUCCACAAUACCAUUUAGUUCCUGCUUCUUGUUUGAAUAUAUCGGCUUGAGAGUUA